ACUCCACGUCCAACAAAAGUUUGAAUUGAACCCGUCUCCCUCUCUUUCUCUGUUUCACAUCAUCAAUGGCGUCUCCUUAACCCAAUCGAACUAUGAAAAGUUCAAAUCAUCAUAUACAAACCCUUUCUCUCUCUCUCUCUCUCUCUCUAUAGCUAAUUAGAAACAAAGAAAUGCCGAGCGUAAUCGUUAAACUCUACAGCGUUUUCUUCAAAUACCAAUACAGACACCUUCUACAAAACAUAUCUGAUCAAUCUGCGAUCACCAAUAAUAAACCAAACCCAUUUGGCAUAACAUCAAGACCCCAUGAAUCUAUCGUUUCCAGCAAUCCAUCAUUCACUGAUGGUGUUGCCACAAAGGAUAUUCAUGUAGACCCUUUUUCUUCUCUUUCUCUACGUAUCUUUCUUCCUGAAACUGCGCUUUCUUCUUCUUCUUCUUCUUCACUGAUCAAUACUUCACCUUAUGGUGGCUACUCCCCGCCUCCCGGUAAGUUUCACAGGAAGUUACCGGUGAUGUUGCAGUUUCAUGGAGGUGGGUUCGUCAGCGGGAGUAAUGAGUCUGUUGCUAAUGAUGUCUUUUGUAGGAGAAUAGCUAAGUUAUGUGAUGUGAUUGUUAUUGCUGUUGGGUAUAGAUUGGCACCCGAAAGUAAGUAUCCUGCUGCUUUUGAAGAUGGGGUUAAGGUUUUAAAUUGGUUAGUAAAGCAAGCUCAUUUGGCUGCUUGUAGAAGAUUAGGUGUUCAAAGCGGUAUAUUUGAUAGUUUUGGUGCUUCUAUGCUUGAACCUUGGCUGGCUGCUCAUGGUGAUCCUGGCAGAUGUGUAUUACUAGGGGCAAGCUCAGGUGCAAACAUAGCAGAUUAUGUAGCAAGAAAAUCUGUAGAGGCAGGCAAGCUAUUGGAUCCUGUUAAGGUUGUGGCACAAGUGCUGAUGUACCCGUUCUUCAUUGGAAGCACUCCUACAGGUUCUGAAGUUAAGCUAGCUAACUCAUACUUCUAUGACAAGUCUAUGUGCAAGUUGGCAUGGAAACUCUUCCUACCUGAGGAUGAAUUCAAGUUAGAUCACCCAGCUGCCAACCCUCUCCUCCGUGGAAGACAGACACCUCUGAAAUAUAUGCCUUCAACGCUAAUAGUUGUGGCAGAUAAUGACUUCAUGAGAGACAGGGCUAUCGCUUACUCGGAGGAAUUGCGGAAAGUUAAUGUGGACGCACCCCUUCUUGAUUAUAAGGAUGCUGUUCAUGAGUUUGCUUCCCUGGAUAUGCUUCUCCAGACACCACAAGCGAAAGCAUGUGCGGAGGAUAUCUCUAUUUGGGUCAAGAAGUAUGUAUCUCUUAGAGGCAAUGAGUUCUCUUAUUGAAUAGAGCAGCGAAGAUAAACAGAUUACAAAGGGGAUUAUAGGUGUAGGAGCAAGCCCUCUUCUUCAUUUUGACGUCGGGGAGGAUCAGCUCAUUAGCAUUCUUGUGUAUAUAUGCUUGAGAUAUAGAGCUUCUGGUUUAUACUUUUCCAGGAGUAGUUACUUAGGUGAGGGGUUCUUUUUCUUUCUUAUAAAACAUAUAGUGUUUGAGAUUAGAUUACAUUUUCCUUGAAUUCUGAGAUGGAUGCUUCCCUCCUCAAAAUAUAUCAGGAACAUUCUUUAA